GCCGUCGGCAGCCACAGCGCGCAGGCGCGGACAGGUGUGCGCCGUUUGAAAGAAUGGCGCCGGCGGGGCGGCUGGUUCUGUGUGAAGAGAAGAUCAGGGGGAAGACCGGGCUGGCGCCUCACCGCGGCCUGGCUGAACUUCGGUCAUUAUCUAUUCCUGGAACUUACCAAGAAAAGAUUACUCACCUAGGAAAUUCUUUGAUGAAUUUAACAGGUCUAAAAUCUCUAGAUCUCUCACGAAACUCCUUGGUUAGUCUAGAGGGCAUCGAGUACCUGGCGGCGCUGGAGCGCCUCAACGUCUACCGCAACCGCAUCUCCUCGCUGGCGGAAGUCUUCCGGCUCCGCUCCUUAAGGGAGCUCGCGGAGGUGGACUUCCGGCUGAACCCUGUGGUGGAGAGCAAGCCCGACUACCGCCUCUCCGUGGUGCACACGCUCCCGCGCCUCCGGCAGCUGGAUGACCGCCCUGUGAGGGAGCGUGAGCGGAAAGCAUCCCGGCUGCAUUUUGCUUCGGAGGAAUCGCUGGACUCAACGCAGAGCUUCGCAGCUGUUUUCAGAGUCGAAAGACCGCAUCACUCCAGAGCCAAGUGCACUGACCCCUCGGCCAAGAAGGGCUUGGUCAUGGACGCGGAUGAUGAGGCGGUCCUGAACCUCAUUGCCGAGUGUGAGUGGGACUUGAGCAACCCUCCUGGGAGCAUGAGUUCCAGCCAGCAGGAGCAAGAGGCCAGCUUCCAGAGCUCCCAAGCAGAGUCGCGGCCCCUGUCGAGUCCUGAGUCAGCACGGCACCAGUGCGGGGACGCCCUGAGGAAGGGCCCCGAGACACGGAGGAGCGGCUCCAGCGGGGACCGUGCGGGGCCGAGGGUUCAGGACCAGCGCUGUGGCGAGCUCCCCCUGCGGCACUUGGCCCCGUGUCCAGACUCCACGGACACUGAGGACUCAGCCCCCUCUUCUCAGAAGUCAAGUUUAUUGACGCAAAAGGGGUCAAAUCCCUUGCCUGCUCCGGAAAAGUACAGGAAGCGAAGGGUGCCUGGCGGGAGGUUCCAGGCACCUGCGGACCAGGAGCGUCUGCGCUGCCUGGAGGAGAGUCUGAGCAGGCAGAGCGGUCCGGAGGGCUGGAGCGCGGGGCCCUGUUCCCACGCGGCGGCCUUGGGGCCCGAGCAGCGGAGGCCGCGCAGCGUGAGUGAGGAUCACCUGAGGCAGCAUCUGGACAGAACUCUGGAGGAAAGCAGUAGCUUGAAGUCUCUUCUGUUCAGCGUGAAAAAAGAAGUGAGAAACACCGACACUCCAUCCACACUGAACUUGCAAAUCACUGGACUUCAGACAAGUGUGGAGCGGCUCUCCGGUGAGAUUGUGGAACUGAAGCAGCAUCUGGAGCACUACGACCAGAUCCACGAGCUCACCCAGAUGCUGCAGGAGAGCCACAGGUCCCUGGUCAGCACCAACGAGCACCUGCUUCGGGAGCUGGGCCGGGCGCGGGCGCAGCACCAGGCCGAGGCGGAGCAGCUGCGCUGGAGCUACAGGCAGCUCAAGAAGACCACGGCCCCGGUGCCCAGCCGCCCGCCCGCGCCCUGAGCGCGCCUCUCUGCGGGCGCCUGUCUUCAGGGCCUGCGCUGCGCGCUCCGAAGUGUCCUGAGGAGGGAAGCUCAUCCAAGCCCUGUACGUGUCUCGAGACAAACAGGUAAUUACUUUUUCA